AUGGCAUCUCAAGCUCCUCAUACCGUGAAGUGGGGUAUCAUGGCCACUGGCUGGAUCGCGGAAGUCUUCUCCCGCGACCUCCUCACCAACCCAGCCGCCCGCUCCGUCCACGAUGUCGCCCACACCAUCACCGCCGUCGCCUCCCUUCAGGGCCCCUCGCGCGCCGCCGACUUCAUCAAGAAGAUUGACGGCCCGUCCUCCGCCACCACCUACGGCACCUACGCCGAGCUGGUCGCCGACCCCAACGUCGACAUCAUCUACAACGUGCUCUGCGAAAAGGCCCUGACCGUCACUGAGUCGCAGUCCCGCAAGCUCGUCGAGAAGGCUAGGGAGAAGAACGUCUUCUUCAUGGAGGCCGUGUGGACUCGGUACCAACCCUGGAGUGUCAAGAUCCGGGAGCUCGUCAAGAGUGGAGCCAUUGGCCAAGUUCACAGGGUCGUCGCCGACCUGUCCAUCGCCGAUGCCAAGGAUGACGGCAGCCUCACCUUCCCCGACACCCACCGCAUGAUCAACACCGACCUUGCCGGCGGUGCUCUCUUGGAUCUCGGCAUCUACUCCUUGACCUGGGUCUUCCAGAUCCUCUACCACCUCCAGCCCGAGGAGGAAAAGGAGGCCCCUCAAGUCCUGGCCGCCGUCACCAAGCACACCACCGGCGCCGACGACCUCACCUCCAUCAUCACCCACUUCCCCAAGCACAAGUCCACCGGCAUCGCCCUCACCUCCCUCCGCGUGGGCACCGACCCCGACGGCAACAACAGCGGCGGGCCCUCGAUCCGUAUCCAGGGUACCAAGGGCGAGAUCGCCGUCAUCGGACCGGCCUACAGGCCUGAAAAGUACCAAGUCAUCAAGAAGGGCAGCGCUGUGGAGACGUUUGACUGCGUCGUCCCCAAGGACGAGGCCCGUGACUGGGGCCACGGCAUGUUUUGGGAGGCUGAUGAGUGCGCUCGGUGCCUACGGGACGGCAAGAAGCAGAGCGACUCGAUGCCUUGGGAGGAGAGCGUUGUCAUCAUGAGGGUCAUGGAGGAGGCGCUCAAGGCCGGAGACGUCCAGUAUCCGGAGCUCAUCACCACGGAUGUCUUUGAUCCGCAGAGCCCGCUUAACCUGGGAACCAAGGCGUAG